AUGUUAUUAAGAAAGGCGGAUGCUUUAUCAAUUUUAACUUUAUUAAUUUAUUUAAUUUUUCUAUUGUAUCGAUUAGUAAUCACAAAAGUAUAGUUAUUCUUGUAGCAAAAUACCUUUAAUAUAUCCAAUCAGUCCUUUUUAAUUUAUAUUGCUUAAACAUUCAAUCUAGUCUAAAUAGGACUUUUUAGUUUUAAUACCUAAAUGGAUGGAAUAAUGACUUUUUAUUUGAUCAUUUUUGGCCUUCUAAUCAAUAUAUCUAUUCUAUCUAAUACAUUAAUUUAUCACCCUUAUUUAAAUAAAAAUAUUUUCCUUAUUGUAUUUGCAAUAAAUUUCAAUUCUAUUGUCUAUAAUCUUUUUUAUUUAAUCCAUUUAGAGAGUGCAUUAGAAAUAGAAUAUAUUGAACUACUAUUCAUAUUUUUCAUGCCAUUAAGUUUUAAAAUAGCUACUUAUUAUUAUUCAAAAAAGUUAUUACUUACAAUAGAGUAAUAAUCAAAUCCUUCUUAAAUUUUAAAUUUGAUUUUAGAACUGAAAUCAAAAUUUGUUUAUUCAAAGCAACGUAUUUUGACAGAAUCAAUAGUGAGUAAAGGCAUAAGAAAAAUUGAUAUAGAACCAUAGAGGCUUACAGUGUUAAAUUAAGAAGACUUUUAUGACUUUUAUCUUAGAUUGAGUUUAAAGCACUAAGAGGUAAAUCGUUCAAAUUUGACUUUAGUUGGUUCAAGAGGAUUUCAUCUCUCAUUUAUCCCUUCUUUUGAAAUUAGGAUUCUACUUUUAGGCUUUCUUAUACAUUUCUAAAUGGGAGAACAAAAAAGGAUAAUCAGUAUUGAAUAAAAUAAAAUUUUUAAUUUGUGCUAGAAAAUGUAGAUAGAAACUUAAUUAUCAUAUGAUGUAAAAGAAUAAUUUUGAUACAAAUAAAGACUUUGAAUUGAAUAUAAAAAAGUUCAUGGAUAUAGAAUAAAAAAAUUUAGAAUUAUGUAAAAGAAUCAUCAGUUUAUGUUAGAAAAAAAUUUUUUUUUUUAAGGAAUUUGAUUAUGAUCAAAUUGAUAAGUUGUAUGAGAACUCUAAUAUUUUAGUAUUGGAAUUAGAUAAAUUAAAAGAAUUUGUUUAAAAUCUAUAUAGAGAAUAUCCAAGUAAUAGAAUGUAAAAUAUAUUGGCUUUUAUUUAUGCUGAAUUACUUAAUGAUUAUUUAUCAGCAAUGAAAAUUUUUAGUUAAACUGCUCUAUAAGAAGAUAAAGUUUAUAAAAAUGUUUCAAAUCUAAAAAUUGAUCUUUAUUCAACUAAAACAACAUAUUUAAUGAUAAAUUUGGACAAUAUGUAAAUAAUUAGAAAUUCAAGUAAUGCAUAUGAUUUCUUUUAAGUUGAUUAAUUGAUAUUAGAUGAUUUAAUACCUAAUGGUAUAAAAGAUUAUCAUUCAAGUAUGAUAAAAACAUUCAUUAAAACUGGAAAAUCUAAAUUUUUUAGAAAUGUUUAAGAAGGUUUAAUUGCUAAAAAAGGGUUUUGUGAAGGAGUAAAUAUUGUGACAGAAAUUUUAUUUGAAAAAAACCAACUUAAUGCAUUAAUUUUAUUAUCCAUAUAAGAGGAAAAUUAAAUUAUAAUGAUUGUUGAUAAUUAAAAUAAAAUUGUUGGAUUAAGUGAAGAAUUUUUUGAAAUAGUUGGGGGAAGUUAAGAUUAAAUUGAAUUAAUUUAUGGAAUUCCAGUUGAUUAUGUAAUUCCUAAAUUUAAAUUUCAUGCUGAAGACAGUUAAGUUUAACAAUUAUAACUUAGAUUUUUAACAAAAUCAAAAUUAUUUGACUUUGUUACACUCCUUAUUCAUUAUAAGCAAAAAAGAAAUAUCUCAGAUCUUAUGGAUGGUUGUUGGUCAGAUUAAUUUAAUUUUGAUACUUAUACUACUCAUUGUUGUAUUUAAAAUAAUGACGAUAAAUAUUACAUAAUUAGAUUUAAUUAUUUAAAAAAUUCAACAAGAAGAGGAAGUUAAAGUGCUUCAAGAACUUUAACAUAAAAAUCUUAUUUUCAAUAAAAUGGUAACAAUCUUAGUGAAAUUGAAGUUGAUGAAUAAAUAGAAAUGUUAAUUCCUUAUGAAGAAUCUGAACCUAAAUACAUUAAUGAUAUUGUUAUUUUCUAGAGUCCAGAUUUGUUAUUAUCGAAUAGAGAAUCUCAUAAUAAUGAUGGUAUUGGAUUUUUAGUAGAGGAUUAGUUUCACGUUAAAAAUUCAUCUAGAUAAAAUGAAUCGCAAAACAAAACAUAUUAGCCAUUAUAAUCUCUACAGUAACAAUAAAAAUACUUUAUUGAAAAAUCGAAAAUAAAUAUAAAAUAUUCUAAAAGUAAGGAUGCCGAUUCUUAAGAUGUUUAAAUGGAAGGAUAAUCAUCUUAAGUUAGUUAAUUAAGUGGGUAAAAAAAGGCUUUUUAUUAUAAAAAAUACAUACUUUUAGAAAAGAUGCUACAAUCUCCAAAUACUAAUUAGGUUUAAAAAGUCUUAAUUUUUUUUAUUAUGUUACAAUUAGCUGUUUUUACAAUUUAAAUUUUAGUAUCCUUAAAUUCAAGUUCAACAACUUUUAAUUAGUAUUUAACAAAUAUAGAUCUUCUUUAAAUAAAAUAUUAUUUAUUUUAACCAGUAGAAUCAUUUAUUGUCACAAGAUAUACAAUAAUAAAUUAUAAUGCAUAAUAUUCAGCAAAAUCAAUAACAAAAAGUUAAUUAGAUAAAUAUUUAAUAUUUCCAAAUUCAAAUUUAAAUUUAGGAUUUGAUGAUGUUUAAUAGAAUUAAGCAGCAAUUUUAAAUAGAUUAACUUUAUAAGAGUUUUUAGGUUAAUAUUAUGAUUUUUACAUUUAUAUUAAAACUGAUAUAGGAGAACUUUAUAAUAUUACAAUGAGAUAAGCAUUAAGUAUUUUAAUUAAUUAUUAAUAUACUUUUAAAGCUGCUUAUAAAUAUGAUGGCAAAACUGUCUCAGAUUCACCUUAUAUUUUCUAUUCUUAUAGAAAUCUAUUAACUUUAUAUAAUUCUUUUGAUUUAUUAAAUUAAGAUUUAUAUCUUUAAACUAAUCUAACCAUUUAAUUAGAUAUUUCUAAAGAAUUAAAAUUAUUUUAUCCUUUUCUUAUUUUAAUAUUGAUAAUCGUAAGUUUUGAAAUCUUUUAUUUUUUAAAAAAUUAAGGAAGAAUUGCUUCUUUAUUAGGUUUUAUGACUUUUAAUGAAGUCUACUCAAUGGAAUAGGAUAUUGAUAGAUAUACUCAUUAUAUCGAUAGUAUAUCUAAGAAUAGCGAUUCAUUAUUUAAAUAUUAAUUUCACAUUGACAAAAAGGAAAAUUAAUUAAAAUUGUAGUAAAAAUAAUUAUAAGUUGAAACUUCAAUUAAAAGAUUAUAAUACUAAAAAAGAUUCCUUUCAAAUAAAUUCGGAUAUUGUUUGAUACUAAUUUAAUUUAUAAUUUUAAUCUCAUUCUCUAUAGCUAAAUAUUUUGUUAAUCUAAAUUAUUUUACUUCAUUUAAACCAACAGCUUAUUUUUAUUAAUAAAUUGCUGACCUUGGAACUAAUAUUCCUACAAUUUAUGCAAUGAGAGAAGUGCUUUACUACAGAUGGAGAUAUCCCUUUUACAAUGACGAUGAUUUAGAGACAAUUCUAAAUCAAAUAAUAGAUUGUUUAUCUUAAGUAUAAAAUGUUACUGGAUAUAUUUAAAGUCUUCAAAUGUAUAUAUAUAUAUUUAAUGAUUAUUUAUAGAAACUAAUAUUUGUUAAGUUAAGAUUUUAGUUAAUAUAUAUAAACCAUUUCAUCAUCAAACAUUUGUAACUUUUUAGAUGAUUCGAUGAAAGAGAAAUCUAUGGCUUUAUGUUCGAUAACUUUAGGCGGAAGUUUCCUAAAUGGUUUAACAGGAAGUCUUAUUUAUAUUUAUACUAAUAUUUAGAAUGAGAUGUAGAUUAAUAAAUUUUUAAAUAAAACUGAAGAUACUAGAAAUGAAUUAGAAGGAGCAUUCAUUAUUAGUCAAGUUAUAAAACAAAUUAAUACUUAUAUGAAAGCUGACUUAACAAAUCAAACAGAUAAUAUUUUAUCAAGCAUUAUAGUAAAAUAUAAUUUUCAUUUUAGUAUUUGUGUGUUUUCGCUUUGAGCUUUGUUGUAAUAUCCUUUAUUUUCUUGUUUUAUAUCAUUAAUCCUUUUCUUAAAAGAUAAUAUUAUAUUGCAAAGAGAUAUCUCUAUUUAUUACCUUAAUAGACAUUGUUUCUUGAUGACGCUUUUGAAAGAUUAGCCAGAUCUGUAAUGCAAGACUAAUAAAUUAUGGCAUGA